UGUGCGUGUGUCAAGUUAAUUGUUAAGCCUAAUGACAAGUGAAUGUGUCACUGCUUACUUAAUGCCAAAUAUAUAUAUGUAUAUAUAUAUUUUUUUUAUGUAAACGAAAUGAAGAAUAAUUUUAUACAUCUGAUAGAGUAUAAUUAACACAUUAAUACGGAUUGUAUUGUAAUAUUCGAGCGACUGUUAUAUCCCGAACCCAGAAAGAGGAAAGUUCGUUUGAAAACAAGGUAAAAUACGUCUUUUACAAAAAGGUCACCUUUGGUGCUUACACUACUCUUCAAACAUGUCUGGUCUGAACAGUCUUUUCUCAUUCACAAGUCCUGCUGUAAAGAAACUCUUGGGUUGGAAACAAGGUGAUGAAGAAGAAAAAUGGGCAGAAAAAGCUGUAGAUUCAUUAGUGAAGAAACUGAAAAAAAAGAAAGGUGCAAUUGAAGAACUAGAAAAAGCAUUAAGCUGUCCGGGACAGCUAAGUAAAUGUGUGACUAUUCCUCGUUCUUUAGAUGGUAGGCUGCAGGUGUCACAUCGAAAGGGUCUUCCUCAUGUGAUCUACUGUAGAGUUUGGCGUUGGCCAGAUCUUCAGAGUCAUCAUGAAUUAAAACCUUUGGAAAUCUGUGAGUUUCCUUUUUCUGCCAAACAGAAGGAUGUGUGCAUCAAUCCAUACCAUUAUAAAAGGAUAGAAAGUCCUGUGUUGCCACCAGUUUUGGUUCCUCGUCAUAGUGAAUUUCCUCCUGGACAUCCUGUUGUUAGUAACUUUCAGCAUGUUCCUGAACCUUCUAUGCCUCAUAAUGUCAGUUUCUCACCUCAAGGGUUUCCAUCCCCUCCUACUUCAUUAAACAACAUUUCUGGCCCAAGAGGAAUGGGUGUUCCAUCCCCAGGUUCAAACAUCAGCAGCUCAGCACCUAACAGUCCUUUUGGACUUCCUGCAGAAACCCCACCACCUGCCUAUAGCCCACAUGAUGAUAGCCAGCAAGGAAGUGAAAGCAGUCAUCAGGCAAUGGAUACUUCGAACAUACGUCCUGAUGUAUCUCCAGUCACAUAUUCAGAGCCUCAAUAUUGGUGUUCCGUUGCAUAUUAUGAACUGAAUUCCCGUGUAGGAGAAGUUUUCCAUACACAUCAUCACAGCGUUAUUAUAGAUGGCUUUACAGAUCCAUCAAACAAUAACAACAGAUUUUGUCUUGGGUUGUUGUCAAAUGUAAAUAGAAACUCUACAAUUGAGAAUACACGACGCCAUAUUGGAAAAGGUGUUCACAUGUAUUAUGUGGGAGGAGAAAUUUAUGCUGAAUGCCUUAGCGAUAGUGCCAUUUUUGUACAGAGUCGUAACUGUAAUCAUUCACAUGGUUUCCAUCCUACUACAGUGUGUAAAAUACCUCCUGGGUGUAGCUUGAAAAUUUUCAAUAACCAGGAGUUUGCUCAGUUGUUAAGUCAAGCAGUAAAUCAUGGAUUUGAAGCAGUGUAUGAAUUAACAAAGAUGUGCACCAUUCGCAUGAGUUUUGUCAAAGGCUGGGGAGCUGAAUAUCAUCGUCAGGAUGUUACAUCCACACCAUGCUGGAUUGAAAUCCAUCUUCAUGGACCUCUGCAGUGGCUGGAUAAAGUACUAACUCAAAUGGGCUCACCACACAAUCCAAUCUCCUCAGUCUCAUGACAGAGGAAUAUUAUUCUUGGUUGGAUUUUUAUGCAUGUGUAUGUGUGUAAGUGGUCACAGUUAAGAUUCUACAGAAUUUUGUUUUUCAAAACAAAAAUUAACUGUUUUGUUUUUCUUCUCAUGAAAUAAAAGUUUAAUCAUUCAAAUUUAACUUUUUAUGAUAAUUUUUUAAGAAAAAUAUUUUUAUUACUGUAAUAAUCUUUUUAUGAAUGUCAAAAGAUAAGUCAAACUGUAAAUGAAAAUUUUUAAUUGUAUGUGAAAUUUCACCAUUUAAAAAGUUUUAUAAUUCAAGUUCAGCAAAUACCAUGCCAAUCUCAAUUCAUCAUUUUUAUUUGUACAUAGUUCAUUAAAAUGUAUCUAGUAUUUUAACCAGAUGUGUUUUUUUAUACUUGAUACAUCAUAGUUCAUGCUUAAUAGUAUAGAAAACUUUUUGAGUGCCAUGGAAACUAGUAAAGUGACUGUAAAUUACGUAUUUAUGUCAUUAAGGAUGUAUCUUGAAAUUUUUUAUAGUCAUUCAUGUGAUACUUUUCUAUCACCUGUAAAACUAUUUUCAUUCCAGAACUUGUUUUCUGAGAAUACAUGUGAAAGUUGUGAUGUUUAUAAAAGUAGUAAAAACCACAUAGAUUGUGCUAAUUAAAGUAGUUUGUAAGUACUAUAUCCUUUAGUACAUUUUCAGCUCUGGUUGCCACUUUUUAUCAACUGUAAGUGUUACUUUGGGUAUUUAAAAACAUGAAAGUGUAUUUUUCAAAAUUGUUUAAUUUGAAAAUCAAGGGUAGAAAUUUGAUCCAUUAUCAAUAGGCUUUCCACUACAGAUUUGUUGCUAAGAAUUGUGUUGUUUUUUAGAAUAAAACCAGUAAAGUAGGUAAAAAUUAUACAGAUAUGUUUUAUAUAAGAGUAUAUGAACUAAUUUUAAUGAUAUUAAAGGGUUAUUAUGAUUCUCGGAUUAAGGUAUCUAACAUCAAUUUCUGCACUGUUACAUGUCUUACUCAGCCUUUUGCUUUUUUUCCAUAAUGUCUUUUAGUUAUGUAUCAUCUAAAUUUUAAACAGCAGUUUCUACUUCCAGUACAAGUAGGUUCUGCAACAAAUUAUCAUGAACUAUUAAUCAUUCUUUAAAGUUUACUUAGUAUAUUCCAUGAUUACAACUAACUACCAGCAUACAAAUUAAUAAUUAUUGUUUUAAGCUUUACAGUUAAUAGAAACAUACUGUAUUAGCAGCUUCAGUGAAUAUUUGUUGUUGUUGUUGUAUCUUUCUUUGUUACAAGAAACAGAAGAAACUGACAAACCAAAUGAAAGUCUUUAAUGUGAAACUUUAUCAGUUAACAUGAUCAGUUCUGGAAUAACAUUGUUCUUGGUAUUUAUUUUCUGUGAAAAAAUGAGUCCUAGAUUGUUUAUUGAUUAAUUUCAAGUCGUUCAUAUGUUUGUUUUAAUAAAUUUUUUGUAAUAUUAACUUGUUCUUUUGCUUUAUAUUUAUUAGGUUUGGUAAAUUCUCUAAUUGUAUUUGCUCUGUACACAGUGGUGAUAAGGUUAGUCAUAAUUAUUUGUUAAAGUAGUUAACAUUUAAUCUUACAUAUAGAACAAACGAAAUAGUACUGAUAUUUAAAAUGUUUAUAAUUGAGGUAUUUAAAGUUAUUGAAACAUUUUUUCACAAUGUAGAGAACUGUUAUGUUGCAUUUGGUGGUUUUCUGUCUUUAAUUUGGUACCACAUGAAUUGUUUAUUUUGUAAUAGGUGAUAUAUACACAUGCAUACUUUCUUUUAUAUGUAAUUAAAGAAAGAAAAAAAUUGUAUUUUAAAUGGCAUAUUUAGUUUAUGCCAAGAGGAAUAUAACCUUUAUUUUUAGUUCAACAGUGAAUAUUUUCUGACUUAAUUAACUGCAUAAACAAUAUUGACUUGUAUUAAUUCUUUGAAAGAAACUGUUAUGUAUUUGUUUUAGACUCUUUUGUAAGUAGUUUCUUUAAUUGAUAAGACAUCAAGCUUUGCAUUUCAUGUUGAAGCCACAUACUUUUUUUGCAAAAAUUAUCAAGUAUACCAAGUCAACAUUACUUUUAUUCAUUAUUGAUACUUUUGGGAAUUUUUUUACAUUUUUAUUUUUUGAAGAAACUUGUUAAAGCAGAAUGUUUCUGUUUCAAAUGUGAACUUGAAAAGAUAUUGAUUUAGUAUAGUAUAAUGGCAUUUAAUUUUUGUUGGGUAUUUUUCUUGUUUCCAUAAUGGUGUGAAGUAUGCCAAUUAUGGCAUUAGGGAAGUCUUAUUUACACUUUUCUAUCCCUUUUUUAUGGUAGGACUGUACACCUGCAUUUUCUACUCCUAGGAAACAUAUGAGCAUACUUUGACAAGGUUUUUUACACUGAAUUUAAGGAUACACAUUUCUAGAUUUUUUAUUCAAUUAAAUAUACAAUGAAUAAAUCAAAUAUAAAAAUUUUGAUAUUCUGUCAAAUUUCUGUGGUUCCUGGGAAUACAAAAUGGUUAAAAAUCUUUUAAUAAUGAUUUGGUGUUAAUCUAGUUUUACUUUGACAUUUAAUUUUCAUGGCUAUUUCACUUCUUUCUGUUAUUUGCAAUAUCACUAUUACAACAUUUAGAAGUCUUUUUUUUAACAAAUUAAGUAACGUUUCUUUUAUCAACAUCGUAUAAAUUUUUCAGUUUAUGUAAAAUUUGAUUGACAAGUUAGACCACAAUGAGCUUUAUAAACAUUUUCAUUAAAUUUUAAGAUUAACUGGUUUUAAAAAUAAAUAGCUACCUUUGCCACAAUAUCAGUGUAAUAUUCUAAUUACAAUGUAGUUAAGACAUUUUGACUUACUGGUGUUAAAUUUAUAACCUUGGAGAAGAAAUAUAUGCUUCAUUCAUUAUAUUAAUGAUUCUGUAUUUAAUUCUAACUUUCAUUUUGACAAAAAAACCUUUGCCAAACACUUUUCACCAAAUUGCAGUGCAUGAUAAUUCUAUAAUGCCAAAGUUUACACUUGAAAGAGUGUUAAUGUUCUGUCCAACUUUGAUUUUCAUGUUUUAUAUGUAGUUUGUAAAUGAAUUGUUCAGUAUAUGAAAAAGAAAAAUGUUCCUGUUACAUCCCUGGAGUAUGUGUAACUUUAAAGUGUACUUUGAAAUAAAGUUUUGCAAGUA